UCACUCUCAUUAGAUUUCACUUUCAGUCUCUCCAUCUCUAAUCUCCCAUCUCCAUUUCCCAAAAUCUGGUGUUUUUAUCAUAAGCAAACGAAGAUUAAACAUUCGCACUCAGAAGAAAGCCAACUGAAAAAACAGGGCAAAAAGCUCCGCCACAAAUACAAUGCCCGAUUCAGUGUGUAAAGUUCUUUAGCGAAGGCCCAAGAUAGACACUUUAUGCGCGCAACCGCUGGUCACUUAGAAGAAGACGAUGCAGUGGUACUUUGUUGCCGCGCUGCUCACCGUCCUCACCAGCUCUCAGGGAAUCUUGACAACCCUUUCUCAAAGCAAUGGAAAAUAUAAGUAUGACUAUGCAACUGUUCCGUUUCUUGCUGAAGUAUUCAAGCUAGCAGUAUCCAGUUUACUUCUUUGGAGAGAGUGUCGGAUAUCACCGUCUGUACGAAUGACGACAGAUUGGAAGAGUGUGCGCUUAUAUCCUAUUCCUUCAAUCAUAUAUCUAAUUCAUAACAAUGUUCAGUUUGCUACUCUUGUUUAUGUGGAUACUUCCACAUAUCAGAUAAUGGGUAAUCUGAAGAUUGUUACUACUGGCAUAUUGUUCAGGCUAUUCCUGAGAAGAAAGCUGUCUAAUCUGCAAUGGAUAGCAAUUGUUUUAUUAGCUGUUGGAACAACCACAAGCCAGGUUAAAGGUUGUGGAGAANNNNCGUGUAAUUCUAUGUUCUCAGCACCAAUCCAAGGAUAUAUGCUGGGUAUCCUAUCCGCUUGUAUGUCAGCAUUAGCAGGUGUUUACACAGAGUUUCUGAUGAAGAAGAACAAUGAUAGCUUGUACUGGCAGAAUGUACAAUUGUAUACGUUUGGUGUCAUUUUCAACAUAGCACGGCUUCUCUUCGAUGAUUUCAGGGGUGGAUUUGAGAAUGGACCUUGGUGGCAACGCCUUUUCAAUGGAUAUAAUCUUACAACUUGGUUGGUAGUGUUAAAUCUUGGAUCUACUGGUUUACUUGUUUCAUGGUUGAUGAAGUAUGCUGACAAUAUUGUGAAGGUAUAUUCCACCUCAAUGGCAAUGCUGCUGACAAUGGUUUUAUCUGUGUACCUUUUCACUUUCAAGCCCACAUUGCAGCUUUUCUUGGGUAUUAUUAUCUGUAUGAUGUCACUACACAUGUAUUUUGCCCCUCCGAACAUGCUGAUAGACUUACCAUUACCUGUAAAAGCAACCACUGAGAGUCUGGAAGAAGUUUCUGUUGAACGAAAAUCAGAUUCAUGAUGCUUCUCUUCUUCGAGUAAACAAAUACCUUUGGAAGUUGCAUCUAAUUGCACAAACUGGAAUGUAGUACAGUUGGUUGCUACAAUAGCAUGCUUUGAGAAGUUCUAUAGCUUGAAUCAAACACACCCUUUAUGUGCCUGGAUUGGGAAAGAGAGCAAUUAAGCCUAGCUGGGAUUACUGUCUUGAAGGUGGACAGAGGCCGAUUCAAUUGUUUACUUUAACAGAUUGACUGGUUUGGUUAGGGGCAUAAGUUCUUCAUUUCUGUAUGUGCUGGCUAUGCCUGUUCAAAGUCUAUAUGUACUUGUGACUUCUUGAAACAAUAUCAUGAUUUUUUUCUUUUAGUAUUCAAAUUCUUCAUUUUAA